CAGAGUUUACGUCAUUAGUCGGCGCCGGGGAACCUUCCAUUCUUCUAUGCGGAUCGCGAGAUUACUUUGGGAUAGGUUUGACGUACCUGGAUAGACUCGUAUCUGUGACCAGUGUCCGCCACCGCGGAUGGCAAGGGACCUGAUCGGACCGGCCCUGCCGCCCGGCUUCAAGGCCCGCGGAACAGCGGAGGACGAAGAGCGGGAUCCAAGCCCCGUUGCAGGACCAGCUCUGCCCCCUAAUUACAAAAGCAGUAGUUCCGAUUCAUCAGACAGCGAUGAAGACAGUAGUUCUUUGUACGAAGAAGGAAAUCAAGAAUCUGAAGAAGAUGACACUGGUCCAACUGCAAGAAAACAGAGGAAAAAUCAGGAUGAUGAUGAUGAUGAUGGGUUUUUUGGACCAGCCCUUCCUCCUGGAUUUAAAAAGCAGGAUGAUUCUCCUCCAAGGCCUAUAAUAGGUCCUGCAUUGCCACCUGGUUUCAUUAAAGCUACACAGAAAAGUGACAAAGGCAGAGACGAUCCAGAAGAACAGGAAACAGACAGCAGUGAAGAUGAGGACAUUGUUGGACCAAUGCCUGCAAAAGGACCAGUUAACUAUAAUAUAACGACAGAGUUUGAGAAAAGGGCCCAGAGAAUGAAAGAAAAACUGACUAAAGGAGAUGAUGAUUCAUCUAAACCCAUUGUAAGAGAGUCAUGGAUGACUGAACUUCCUCCAGAAAUGAAAGACUUUGGUCUUGGGCCAAGGACUUUUAAGAGAAGAGCUGAUGACAAAUCUGGAGAUCGAUCAAUCUGGACAGAUACUCCAGCUGAUAGGGAAAGGAAAGCUAAGGAAACACAAGAAGCAAGGAAGUCAUCAAAUAAGAAAGAUGAAGAACAUGUAUUAUCAGGAAGAGAUAAGAGACUGGCUGAGCAGGUAUCUUCAUAUAAUGAAUCAAAAAGAUCAGAAUCUCUUAUGGACAUACAUCAUAAAAAGUUAAAGAGUAAGGCUGCUGAAGACAAAAAUAAGCCUCAAGAAAGAAUACCAUUUGACCGUGAUAAGGAUCUCAAGGUUAAUCGGUUUGAUGAAGCUCAAAAAAAAGCCCUAAUAAAAAAAUCUAGAGAACUAAACACCAGAUUUUCACAUGGCAAAGGCAAUAUGUUUUUAUAAGGGGAUUUCCCUAUGCAAUGAAGAAAAGUUGAAGAAUUUUCUUUGUCCAUCUUUGUUUUUGGCUUCUUAAGAUUAGAGAUUACUUUAGUCUUAAAAACCACACAAAUUUGCCUUGUUCCGUGUGUCCUUUUAAGGUCAUGUGGAAACAUAAAACUAAUGUUUCUUUGGUAGAACGGAAUAUUCUAUGUGCCUUUAGCUUCUGUGGAAGUAUGGGCUUUUCUUCCAAUAAUUAUUUUAAGAGGCUUCCAUUCCCCCUGAUUUUCAUGUUGUCUCACAAGUACCCUCUAAGGUCUGAUCAGGACUGACCGCCGAAUCUCUACGACAGCCUGGAUCUCCUCAUCAAGUAUACCUGACCUGUUCUAGAGUGAGUGUGUCAAGUCCUUCCUGUAAACACAUGAUUUUGAAAGUGGUUGUUUUUUCCCUUUAAACUGCAGCCAGUGAAUACAAAUUUACUUGAAAACAGAGGGUAUGGAGUUUUGUCUGUUUUAUAAUCAGUUUGCUUGUUUUAGCACUCAGGGCUUUUUAUUUGUUGUUUCAUUUCUUGAAUUGUUUUUAAGUCAGAAAGAUCUCUGGGUUAUCUCAUGCGCUAAGGAAAAAUGAUUUUGGUUUUUGCAACUUUAGUAGUUAGUAUUUCUAGGGGAGGCAAUCAGGACAAGUAUGCCAUUAACUGUUAGCAGCGUGAAAUCUGCAAGACUCAGUCUCUGUGAUCUCAGCCAAAGCUUUCUGAGUCCUGGAACUUUGCUUUGGGAUGAUCUCACUUUACCCAUUUAUAUACUGUACUUAACAGUUUGUAGCUAAUUUAGGGGGAUCAUAUCUUUUAUAUCAAUUAUGAAUAGAAAAAAAUUAAUCCACAAAUACAAAAAUGGAAAUGGAAAAUUUAUUAUAACCCCCCUAAUUGGGAGUAUUAUAAGUUUGUAAUGCUUUAAGCACUGCCUCUAAAAAUAAUAUAUUUAUAAGAUGAGAAAUUCUAUUUAAACUAUUAAACUAUUGUUAAAUAAAUGCCAAUUCUAUAAGUUAUAUUUUCUUGCAGAUUAAUCCCAAUUGUUCCACUGGUAUUCUAGUUUUGAUGAGACACAAAUUUUUAGUGGAAAAAGAUUCUGAUUCCCAGUUCAUGUAAGCUUUAUGAAAAUCGAGUAAACUGUUUAUAUGAUGGUACAAAUUAUUCUUCCUCUUGUAAUAGCAGUACAAUAUAUUUUUUCCAUAGCAUCAAUGUAAACCAUAGUGAACUAAAGGAGCAUUGCUGUUAAAAAGAUGAGUUAUUCUCCUAAGCAAAUUUUAAAAGUUUCUUGUCUACUCAGAAUUGAACAGAGCUACAUUUUGACUAAAAAUGUCAUUUUUAAUGAGCAAUAUUUUCUGAACACAAAAUUUUGUACAAGAGUAUUUCCAUUGCAUUCAUUUAAUUUUGUUAUCGUUUUUUCCCAAUGAAAGGAAAAAGUAUUUUCUAGCUCUUCUUCCUUAUGUAAAUUCUUAACAUAUAUUUUUGAGAAAUUUGUAUUUUUUAAAGUAAAAAUGUUAUCUUUGAAGACUUAUUUUGGUUUGUUUUCCUACUUUAAAGAGAAUAGGGAUAUUUCUGUGUUACGUAGUUACUGUUUUAUGCCUCACCUUUGGAGUGACCAUGACCUUGGCAUAAAGAAGAGAAACCUCUGCUUUCCGCCUAAUGCUUCCAGGAGUUACCACCUUACUGGCCUUGGAGCUAGUGCUCUUUUGUGCCAACCUGAGGACAGUUUUAACAAAAUGUAAGGCCAGUUUCAGAGAUUGUUUUGCCUCAUGGAGGGACUAAUCCCAAUUCAAAAAUACUGACAACAAAAGGACAAAGUAGUUACUGCACAGGAUGGAAAGAUAUUCAUUAUUUCAUCCCCUCCCCACUUUCAAAGCUGCAAAAGGCCUAACUGAAUCAAAUCUAUCCAUCUGGCAGGAGACAUUUUAAAAUAACUUUUUAAUUUCCUACAUUUCUUGGCCAAGUGUCACGGGACUGUGGCCUCUUUUGAAAUUUAGAAAUGAAGGAGAAAAAAAGAGUAACACUGGUGCUCGCUUCAGCAGCACAUAUACUAAAAAGUGGAACGAUACAGAAAUUAGCAUGGCCCCUGUGCAAAGAUGACACGCAAAUUUGUGAAGCAAUCCAUAUUUAAAAAAAAAAAAAAAAGAGUAACACUACAUUCAUAUAAUGGAGUAGAUACUUUUAAUGUUCUUACCAUUGAAGGUGCCAUUUAAGUUUGUAAUACUUGAAAUUACAUGAUUUUGUCCAGCUCUCUAAAUUGUCAUCUUCAAUAGAUUUAGAUGUUUCAAAUAGUAACCACAUUACCGGUAAGUAAAUGGUGGGGUUAUUGGUUUUAGCAGGUGUGGAAGUAAAGAGAGUUGAACAAAAAAAGGGAGAUGGUGGCUACACCCCUAAUAAGACCGUCUUAGUAGAUAAAUGAAAUCCUUUUUGUGUUGGGCACAACAUAGUAAAUUAAGUCUUGCUCUUAAAAAGGAAAAAAAAAGCCCUGAUCUAAGAAUUUUUAAUCUGGUUUAGAUGUAGCAAUAACUUGACAUUUAAUUUAUCAUUUUAACAUUGAAUGAUUCUUUGAAUUAACGACUUAUUUAGAAGUGAGGUUGAGAUUUGCGUGGUACCAAGGCUUACCUGCUUUAGAAUAUAUCUGUGGUUAUUGUAUAAAUAAUUUGAUCCCAAAACAUUAUGACAUUUUUUGGUUUUUAUGGAGGGUAGAUAAUGUUAAUAUUAAACUACUAUACUUACAGGAGGCCCUUAUCACUUCUCUUUUCACUUUUUCCAUGCAGUGAUAGGUAUUAUUAGAAAAAAGUUAUUUGUUGAAUUACACCUAAGAGGAAGAAUUAACAUGGUAGAAAGUAGUUAGAGAUAGCCCCCAAUUAACAUCGACAGCCAAGUCUUCUAUUUCAGAGUAUUGUUUUAUUUUUCUUUGGCUUUUGAUGCCAUUGUGAGAUUUAAGUCUGCAGUUUCAAAAGCUCAUGCCACUUAGAAGAGGUGUUUUUUGCAGCUUAAAAACUUGUUUGUGACUGCAGUAUGUGCACAAUUAAAAAGCUGUUCACUGCCCCUUUCAACCUUUUCAUUUUCAGCUUUACUAAGAGACUGUUUAUAGAAACAGAAUUCCUGAAGUGUAAUUUUUUAUGUGUAAAUAAAGUUUUAUCUAUAUCUGAGAA